UGGGCUUGCUUUACAAAUGUGUUUUGUUUAUGUAGUACCUCCAAUAUGAUUUCUGACUUUUGGAUGUCUCUUGUGUAACACUAAUUUGGUUGGGCUAUGACCAACCAUUGUUUUCAUUGCUGUCUUAUCUGCAGAAUAUUUGUUUCCAAAUUAGUUCUUAAGCCUCUAAAAUAGGGAAUAGUUAAAUCACAGUAUGAUGUUCAAAGUUCUUGUUUUGUCCAAACAAUUAUCCAAAAACACAAAUACAUGAUUUUGUCUCACAUUAUGCUACAAAUGCAGCAAAUGCUUACAAUUGAGAAACGUGCUGCCUCAAUUUUCUGAGUUCUAAUAGCUAGUCAUUUAUUGUUGAAGUUUGUGUUUUUGUAACACUGACACCUGUUUAACAAAAUUCCUUCCAUUGAUUUGCACGUCAUCAUUUUAUUUCUUUAUCAAUAUGUAUACAUUUCGUGUAGGAGAGUUGCUCUUAGAAUUCAUGCAAGGAUACAAUCUUGAAAUAAGAGUGAUCUGACUGUUAAAGAAUGGUUAAUCUUACUUGUUGAAAUGAUCUUUGAAUGGGAAGUUUUGUUUUCUUAAAUAAUUGAAUUCCUGUCGAGAAAAUGUAUGUUAUAAAUCCUAUUAUCUUAUUUGCAAAAACAUAUAUUUCAGCAACAUUUUUAUCUUUCCAAACAUAAUGGAGCGUUUCUAAGAUUUGCUCUGGAGUACAAUGUGUUAGUUGAUAUGGGGGGUUUAGAAUUCUAUUAUACAUUUUAUGGGUAAUCUGAUUUCAUUUCUUGGACUGUAGGGAUCAAUUUAAAUGAUUGUAUAGUUUGUUCUGAAAAAUGUGUGAGACGAACUGACACACGCGGAACCAAUGUUCGUCUGCCAGUACACCCGGACUUCUCCAAAAUGCUGCACAUGUCUUUCCUCAUGCCGUGGGAUUGUUGCUGUGCCUGUUAGGGAUUUGGAGAAAGCCUGUGAAGGUGGGAUGGAAAAUCCUAUGGAGGAAACCCUGGAAAAGAAGACGGAUGUAGCUGUGAAGGGCGAGGCUGCACUCAAAACACAAUUCCUUACCACCAAAGACAAAUUUCAUGAAUUUGUAGACUCUGGGUGGCGGGGCCCACAAGGAGAUAAGGCCAGUGAUAAUGACAAGCCUGAGGAGGAAAAAGAGACACCUGUGGAGGAACCUGAAACAAAAAAAUUAAAAGUAGACCCUGAGGAGAGGAAUAAAAGUGACAAACCGGACGGUAAACGCAUUCGGGGACAGAAUAAAUCAAGGCCACACACAAAGCCUAAUGCCUAUGAUGAAAGACGACUAUGUCUUUCAGUCAUUCAGGACAAUAAGGAAUGUUCCUAUGGAGACAAAUGCAUCUUUCUUCAUGACCCAGCCGCAUACAUGGCGUCUAAGCCCGCUGACAUCGGGGAAAGCUGCUACCUCUACGACACAUUCGGAAAGUGUGGUUAUGGUCUCUCCUGCCGCUACGCAAAGGCGCACACUACACCUGACUUCAAAACCAUGGAGAACGCAGAACUAAUUAAAACCAACGAAGGGAGGGAGACGGUGAAGAACAGCCUGAAAAAAGACCUCCAGAAUCGCCUGAGGAAACGUUCUGUGGCUUUCAAAAAGUCAGACGAAUAUCUCAAAACACUGGCAAACAACAAAGAAAAAACACAACAACAUGCAAAUGCUGAAGUAUCUGCAGAUCCAACAGGAGGGGAGCAGCGUAUGUCUACUGAAGCAGACACACAGGCCAGCCAAGAUAAACAGCCCCCAGUGAAGACUGUUGGCCCACUCACUGAUGAAGAUGUCAUCAAGUUGCGCCAAUGUGAGAAGAAACAGGUGGACUUUCAGGACAAGCUAUACCUCGCUCCUCUUACAACUUGUGGAAAUCUGCCUUUCCGUCGUGUGUGCAAGCGCUUUGGAGCAGACAUCACCUGUGGGGAGAUGGCCAUGUGCACAAACCUGCUGCAGGGCCAGCAGUCAGAGUGGGCCCUCCUGAAGCGGCACGAAAGUGAAGAUGUUUUUGGUGUCCAGGUGGAGGGCUGCUUCCCCGACACCAUGACAAGGUGUGCAGAGCUCAUCAACAACAACGCAAAUGUUGACUUUGUGGAUAUCAACUCUGGAUGCCCCAUUGACCUUGUCUACAAGAAGGGCGGAGGCUGCGGCUUGAUGACACGCACCAGAAAGUUUGAACAGAUAAUUAAGGGAAUGAACCAUGUCCUUGACGUCCCGUUAACAGUCAAGAUCCGCACUGGUGUUCAGGAGAAAUGCAACAUAGCGCACAAACUUAUUCCAGAGAUGAAGAAGUGGGAUGUGUCUAUGAUCACAUUGCAUGGCCGAUCCAGAGAGCAGCGCUACACUAAGCUAGCUGACUGGGACUAUAUCACCACCUGCUCCAAACUGGCUAGUCCUGUCCCCCUUUUUGGUAAUGGAGACAUUCUGUCCUAUGAAGAUGCCAUGAAAGCAAAAGAGACGGGAGUUUCUGGAAUUAUGAUUGCAAGGGGUGCUCUUAUUAAGCCCUGGAUCUUCACUGAAAUAAAGGAGAGCCGACACUGGGACAUCUCAUCCAACGAGCGAUUGGACGUCCUCCGGGAUUUCAGCAACUUUGGUCUCGAGCAUUGGGGCUCUGACACACGGGGAGUGGAGAAGACCCGCACCUUCAUGCUGGAGUGGCUCUCCUUCAUGUGCAGAUAUAUUCCAGUGGGCCUGUUGGAUCGGGUGCCUCAGAAGAUCAAUGAGAGACCUCCAUUCUACAUGGGCAGGAACUACCUGGAGUCACUGAUGGCCAGUCAACAUGCUGGGGACUGGAUCAGGAUUAGUGAAAUGCUGCUUGGACCUGUACCAAAGAAUUUCAUCUUCUUGCCAAAACAUAAAGCCAAUUCCUACAAAUGAUUUUUGUUUAAAUAUCUGGUACCUCCAGCUGUUCUUUUGUUUGUUAUUGGGUUUAGAGAAUAAGAUUAAAAGAAAGCUAAUCUAUACGAAUAAUGAUAGUUGGAAGAGACGGUUUAUUCGACCUGUGAUGGUGCAGUAGCACAAUACCUGGCGUGAUUGUGUACUUGAAUAUAUGCAAUAAAGUCUUUUUUGCCACAAA